GUGACAUGACUAUAUUAUUUUAUCAAAUGGGUAACGAAAAUAGGCCAAUAAAAUGAAUAAAGUUUGACCCUGUGAAUAGUGAACGUAAAGUUUAUUUGUGGACGGAGGGAGUAUCUUUCUUCUUUCACACUCCUUCAAUUCACUCAAUACUUUAAAAAUGAACCGAGCAAUGAUAAUAAUGGCUAUGGCGACCGCCGUCCUAGCGGUGGCGGUGCCCGGACACGCCCUCGACUGCACUCAGGUUGACUCCGCAAUCUCCCCUUGCCUCACCUACCUCCGAGACGGCGCCGCCGCCGCCGCUCCUCCGAGGGAGUGCUGUGACGCCGUUAAAAGCCUUGUCAGCAUAGCCCCGUCGCAGCAGGAACGCCAGACCGCCUGUGAGUGCCUCAAGGCUGCCGCCGCCCGCACACCCAUCAAGGCCGAUCUUGCCGCCGGCCUUCCUGCCGGAUGCGGCGUUUCUACCACUGUUCCCAUCAGUCCCGACGUUAACUGUCAAAACGUGGGAUGAAAAGAUGUGGGGUGAUGAAAAGCUUUGGAUGAAUCGUAUCUUUGUUAUUAGCAAUAACAAAUAAGGAGCUUGUUAUAGU